CCUCCUCCUUCUCUCCUCCUCCUUUCUUCUGCGGCUUUGAGUCUGACUUGGGAGACUCUUGAUUUUUCCGUCAGCGAUGAUUCAGCAAGGAGCAACCGGUGUGAGAACUGUGUAACUCAGCUGUGCAAGGGCUUUGUUUGGAUUUUCAAAAACAAUGUGGACGUCAUCCGUUCUCUUCCUCUCAAUAUUAAUCUCCUCUUUGUCUGAGAGCUACACCAACAAUUUACAAAGUAAUGGAGUCAAACUACUGAAAUCUGUUCGUGUGUCCAGCGCAGAGGAAUGUAACCAAACUUGUGACCAUGUUUUGGAUCAAGGUGGAUUGAAGUGUAACUGGGUAGUGAUGGAAGAGAAAGAGAAGCUUUGUUUUUAUUUACACUGCCUUGACCUGACUGUCUGUAAACUAGCCCCUGUGGAAGAUGUUCGAGCUUUGCAAGCAGGGAAAACAUCAUCCAUCAAGGAUUUUUUAAAACGUGUGCGAAAAGGAAUGGGAGCUAAUGAACCAUCUACAGUUCAGUCUCCAACUCAAGCAAUCACAAUAAACGGUUCAUUCAUUGUCAGAACAACACCAGUAACCACUGGAACAACUCCAACAUCAAUGGCAGCCGCUGGGACAACUGCAACACCUGCCCCAGUCACCAGCACAACCAUGACAGCGACAGCCACCAAUGCAUCCAUACCAGAAGUAGAAACAACCACGAGUGCAACCAUGUCAGUCGUGCCAAACAGUAGUACAUCUGCAAUGCCAGAAGCAGGCAACAUACAAACACAACCCCACCUAACGCCACAAAUGCUACAACCAUCCUUAGCCCAGGUACUUCAUUGCCCAGCAGUAUUUCAGGUGGAUACACAACACAGAUCGCCGACUGGGACGACCAAAGGAGUGACCAAAACCAGUGCCGAAAGUGUGUCACUGUUACCUGUGACACAACCCACAUCAGCUGGAGAAAUAACCACAAACCAAACUGAAUCCACAGCUUUGUCUGUUUCCUCUCAAGCUAUCCCAAGCAUUACACUGGAAGGUUCGUCUUUGAAAACGGCACUCCCAUCUUCAUUCUCCACCUCGGUGAGCCAAACAUCAGUGACAACAACACCACCACCACCAACAACCACAAUUCUGAAGACAACACCUUUGUCUACCACAAAGCCAAUCGAGGAAACAACAGCAACAACAAAACAAGGGGAUAAAACUAAGGCGAGCAGUUCAACUUUGAGAAUCCCAUCCACAUCCAAGGUAGCCACAGAGCUACCGGAGACUAAACUUAAAACCACAGCUGCUUCCAGCAAUAAGAUUGAAUACAUUUUCCCGCUUGCGCCCACGGUAGCCAUUGCUAAACAUUUAGCCAAUAACAGUUUUCUUAUAACGAUGCUGAUAUUGGGACUGGUCUUUUUCUUGGCAAGUGUUCUAUUGUUUAUCCAAAAGGCAUAUGGCAGUUACAAGAGGAAAGACUAUGUUCAAGUGGACUAUUUAAUAAAUGGAAUGUAUGCAGAUUCGGAUAUGUAAGAAUAAUACAAACUAAAACACUUCUCCAUUAUAGUAAUGGGCUUGUUUCAACUUUUCAUCUGUCUGUUAUACUAAGCACAUUUGUAUACAGUACGGUUUGGAUCAACAGCAGCAACGUGUGCCAAAAGUGAAACAAUAUACUUGAAUUUUCACCUGGAUGUACAUUGUUUAUCUCUGAGGAUUAUAAUUCUAAACACAAGGACUGAUUUUUUUUUAACCAUGGUUGUGCUGAAACUGACUAAACUCUUCUUGGUUGCUAACCUUGACAGCUAUACCUUGAGACUGUAACUGGUCAGAUUGAAUGAACAAACACUUUCUACUGUUCAAUAUAAAACAAAUGUCUGGCAUAUAUUUGAUUUAAUGGACAAAAGGGAAUUUUUGCAAUAAAACGACGAAGUGUACAAUGCAGUAAAAUAAAAUACUCUUCAAAGCAAUACAGUUGAAGAACAAAGAUGUGCUUCUGAGCACAAAGCCAUAAAAUGAUUGAUUUUAGUACCACUAUGCAGUUUACUUGCCUUAAAACUUUCAUUUUGUUUAUUUUCCCUAGGUUCCUUGAAUUUUAAAUCUGUUUGGGGGAAGGUGCAUAUGUAUGAUUUUUUUUGUUCAUGGAAUUUCUUUGCAUUAGUUAAUUGAAUAACCAUUAAAAUGUCUACUAUA